AUGCCAGUAAUACAAUAUCAAGUCUCGUUAGAAGUUGGAGAUGAAAUAUACGUAUUCGAAGAACAAGGCGCAUGGUAUCGUGGAUACGCCGUAUCUCAUUUACGACAAACAGAAGAACCUUCUGUAUUCGUCGGCAUAUUUCCUGCAAAUCACGUUUACAUCAAAGAAUACUUGGACUAUGCAGAAAUGGCAGCAGAACCAACCGACGAUACCCCACACUCUCCAACAAACUCUAUUUCCAAAUCGGUACGACCUCCCCCACCGCUUCCAUCACUCACUUGCGGAGAUGAUUCGGUAAGUGGAAGGACAGAGCCACUUGUAGACGAAAUAGCUAGCGCCGUACGCGAAUGGAGUAAUCUAUUGUCGAAAUAUCUCGAGGAACGUCGAUACGAGCUAUUCAAUGUGGUGAAAGAUCACAUCAACCUUUUACUACAAGGGCGUCGUCAGUUACUUGCGCAAACUCUCUCUCAAGAUGAAUUGAGCAAGCUACGCAAGGAAUUAGUCAAACAACUUGUCUCUGGCAAUUUGGCACAGGAUCUCGAUAUAAUAGUGCGGGACCCCGAGAAGGGCUUCUUGGCUGAUGAGACAAAUAUAUCAGCCAUUCAAUUAUACCAAUUACAAUCUCAACUAGCAAAUGUGAAUAUCGACAAGGCUACUUCUGACCCACCACAAUCUCCCGGACCGCUUUCACAUAACCUGAUAAACUCGUCAGAAAGAAGCCAUUCUCCAAAGUUCUAUCAUGUGUUCUUGAACAUGAAGGCAUGGGUAGCGUCGAUUUCUGCUCAGGGUGAAAAUACUGAAUUAUAUUUCUCAUUGUAUCUCGCAUCUAAAAACGAUCCUCGCUUCAUUACCGAGGAAUACAACAUCAUUCUCAACCACAACGGUGUACCCAGAGAGCAAACUAAAAUAGGCAAAAUCCGAACGUUAUUCACUGAUAUAUCUCCGCACGACAUACAAGAACAGGUAUACCUAGUCUGUAGAAUAGUAAGAACUGGCAGCAUGAAAAUUGCCGACAAAGACAAAGACUCUCCAAAAGACACUAGUUCAAUUUCAUCAACCAUUGAUCAAUCACCUCCGCAACCAAAUACUAAAGCGAUACCUCAAACUUUCCGAAGACCGUUCGGAUGUGCUAUAUUAGAAAUAACUCAUAUUUUCCAAGGCAAAGAGAAAGAGCCACUAAGCGAGCAUGUAAUGCCUAUAUACGUUCCUACCCAGGAAUCAACAUUUGCUACUCUCCAUGAAGACAUCAUUCACAGUCAUAUGAAAGAAUUCGAAAAGUCUCCUCGCGCUGAGAUGAUAAGUGUCUCCAUUAGACCAUUCUUUGGCGAAGCAGCAACGAUUAUCAAAGAAAACCCGGCCCUGUUACAGAAUAUUCCAAUCACGUCCCGUCUUGGAUUUGCCGAUGUUGUGUUUCCUGGCGACACUCGCAACGAAAUAUACUUUAAACUAAUGUCUGGUGAUUUUACUCAAAGUCGUACUACCACAGCAAAGAACGUUCAGGUUACUGCAGAAGUCAGAUUGAAUAAUGGCGUUUUACUGGAUGACAUCAUUUCACAGGGUUCUGGUGAACCAAUGGUCAGUCAGUUCGAGUCACUUGUGUUCUACCAUUCGAAUAAUCCUACCUGGAGAGAGUUGAUCAAGCUGAACAUACCGGCAGAAGUAUUUGAACAAGCUCACGUGUUCUUUACUUUUCGACAUCGAUCGACUAAAGACAAGAAAGAAGAUAAAUUAUUUGCCUUUGCUUAUCUUCCAUUGUUCCCUGAAAACAGAACUUUUAUAAGUGACGGUGACCAUUCGCUUAUCUUGUACAAAUACGACAAGCAAGUAGUUACUCCGGCUGUCUAUCUACACCAUCAAUGGUCUCCCAACGUAGCGCUUCCAGAAAAUGCGACAAAUCAUAACAACUCAUCAUCUACCAAUGUCAAUCAUAAACUAAUCCCAGCAGCAUCAAGAGAUACCAUUAUAGUCAAGACAUUCUUAUGCUCUACGAAAUACACACAAAACGAAGUACUUCUCAAAUUACUCAACUGGGAGAGACAGUUAUUACAUGACGAGAAUGAGAUGAUGGAGGUGCUGAAGAAAUUUACCUUUGUUGGAGAAGUUGAAAUUGUGAAAUUUCUUCAGGAUAUCUUUGACGCUUUGUUUGGAAUCUUGGUAUCAUCAAAGAAUCAACAGAGCCAACUGGACGAUCUUAUCUUCAAUGCAUUAGUCACUAUUCUUGGUAUAGUUUCAGACAGACGAUUCAUGAACUUCCGUCCUGUGCUUGAUGUAUAUAUAGAAAAGCAUUUCGCAUGUGCCGCUGGAUCUUCCCAUUUGAUCAAAUCUAUGAAUAAACUGGCCUCGAAUCCGACCAACCCGGAGACUGCUAAAAAUCUACGAUCAGCGAUCAAAGUAUGGCAAUACAUAUUCAAAUUUAUUAUGAGAUCCCGCGAAUUACAACGGACAAAGGAAACAGAUAUUGGUUUGUCUGGGAACUACGUCGAAGAGCAAUUCAAGAAGGAUCUAUAUGGUUUAUUCAAAAGCAUCGACAGGCUCAUGUCCAACACAACUCCGCAAUCCAUCAUUGGCACGCAGACGCUAGCACUUCAACAUUUUGCAUCUAUCUUUUCCGAUCUGGGUAAAUGCUUCUCACCGGACGACCUAGUCCAGAUAGCAAUUCGGUUCACCGAAUCGGUUCGAUUACCCAAAGGAAAAUUACUCUCGUACAAAUUACUGGUCAUUCUCCAAUUCUGUCAAGGACCAUUGUUUGAAAACGCCGAAUCGCGUGCUACGCUAAUACGUCAUGUAGUAAGUUGGGUUACAGAUCAUAUGGGCAUAUGGGAUAGUACUAGUGCCAAUACAAGCAAUAGUGCAGCAAGAGCUCAAUGGCAAGAUGGUGUUAGAUUGUGUGUUGCUAUAGUAGCUGUGAUGAUGGAGAGUUUGCAAACAUCAAUAAGAAAGGCUAGAGGCGAAUCUGUUCAAAAAGAAUUGGAGAAUAUCGGUGUCAUACUCCCGCUAUUAGGCAAAUUGUGUGAAUCCUAUAGAGAAUUGGAAGUUUCGGUAGAUGUAGAUCACAAAACAAGAGAUCGACCUUCUUCUAGUGGAAUUAUGCUCUCAUCGCCUGCGUUACAAACCUCGUUCCCAUUUCCGAAUGUAUCAGGAUCACCAGUCGGUAUUCUCCCUGGCAAAAUGAACCUUACUGUAUCCUCCGGACUGGGUGAAGUUUCUGCAGUAGUAUUACAAAUGAUAUUUCUAAUAUCACAAGAUCAUAUGAGAGAACAUUUAUUAUCGAUGUACUAUCGAGAAGGUCACGAGAAAAUGGCUGACUUUCUUGUACAGUUAUUCCACAUCUCUCGAGCAAUACUCAGGAACGAGGCAUUUCCAGCGUCGUGGUUGAAUAUGAAUAUAAUGGCUCAUAAAGUCCUUCUCAAACUGCUGGAGCCGGUAUCGGCAAUGAUGGAAAAGAAUUUCAUUCCUGAUCGUGAGUCACCAGAAGAAUUUAAUGUAGAACUAUGGAAAGAAUAUUUCAAAUGCCUUCUUUGUCUACUUACCAGCAGUCACCUUGUAAUUGAAGAAUUCUCACCGCAGAAACGGCGUGCUAUCUGGAGGCUAGCCGGUGAUAUUCGUGGUCAAGGCGCUAAACUUUUGUCUAGUUUGUGGGAUGCUAUCGGAUGGGAGCAAGGCGAAGCUGGUAAAAUGGGCGGAUAUCAAGCACGGUUUAUCAAAGAUCUAUUGGGACCUGUAUUGGAAUUGUGCUUAUCUCACCACGACGGUCUUCGCUCUGCCGCGAUUAAUGUUCUUUAUAGUAUGAUCAUAACUCAUUGUAAGUUAGAGGAAGAUUUCAAAAUCAUGGAGUCGGAAAUUAUCGAUAAUUGUGACAGGCUCUUCAUGUCUGAAAGAAAAGGAGAUGAUAUAUCACGAACUUAUUUCAUUGCUCAAUUACGACGGUUAUUCGAGAACACUUCACUAGAUGACGAUACACUAUCCACUGUUCUCAAGUUCUUAGAGGCACUUAAUGAGUUUUUGGAAUUGCUUUUGGGAGUAAGAGAACUACCUGAUGGAGAAGAAUUCCAAGACGAUAGAAUCAUGUGCACACUCAAGCUCAUGAAGUUCAUUAAAGAAAUAGAACGUGAACAGAUUUACGUCAAAUACGUGCAUCAGCUGGUUCAAAUGCAGGUUGCAAGUCAUAACUUUGUAGAAGCUGCACUGACACUCAAACUGCAUGCUGAUUUAUUCGAGUGGGAUCCAAAUACAACAAUGGGAGCAAUGCCUGAACUAGAUUUUCCCAAACAAUCAUCAUUUGCUCGAAAGGAGCGACUGUAUAUUCAGAUACUGGAUUAUUUUGUCAAAGGCAAAUCCUGGGAAUGUGGUAUUGAGAUAUGCAAAGAAUUGGCUCGUCAAUUCGAAUAUACCAUCUACGAUUAUCAACGUCUGAGUGAAAUCCUAAAGCAGCAAGCCGUUCUCCAUGAGAAUAUUAUAAGGAAAGAAAGAUACUUUAGUGAAUACUUCCGAGUCGGUUUCUAUGGUCGAGGAUUCCCCGCUAGUCUACAGAACAAACAAUUCAUUUAUCGUGGUUAUGAAUGGGAAAAGAUAGGCGCAUUCUGCGAGCGCAUGCAGAAUAAACAUCCACACGCUCAAUUGUUAAAGAUAAAUAGCACUCCUCCUGAUGAAGUGCUCUAUGGCGACGGACAGUUUUUGCAGGUUACGGCUGUCGUACCCGAACCUGACAGAGAACAUCCAAUGUUCAAGGGCGAUGUACCUUCUUCCAUUCGUAGUUACUAUGAAUACAAUUCGGUCAAUAUUUUUGGUUUCUCUCGGCCUAUUAAUAAGAACCCCGACGGCGUCAAGUCCGCUAAUGAGUUUUUAGACUUGUGGACGGAAAAGACUAUUCUCGUGUCAGAGGAAACGUUCCCUACGGUACUUCGUCGAUCAGAAGUUAUCAAGGUGACCGUGGUCGAAGUAUCUCCUAUAGAGAAUGCAGUGGCUGCUAUGAAGGCAAAGAAUCGCGAGUUGUUAGCACUUGAAGCCAAGUAUAAUGUGCACAUCACUUCACCGACUACUACAACGACAUCGACUGUUACAAGGGUAAAUGUUAAUCCGUUAUCAAUGUCGUUGAAGGGCGCGGUCGAUGCUCCCGUCAAUGGUGGAAUACCAAUGUACAAAAAAGCCUUUUAUGACCCUGAAUUCUUGAGUGCUAAUCCGGAUAAAGAAAAAUACGUCCAAGAAUUGAAAAAGGCUAUCGAUGAACAGGUUGAAAUAAUCGAUCGUUGUUUGGAUUUACAUGAUAAAUUGGUAUCAACAGAGAUGCGUCCAUUCCACGAUACACUCGUCAAAUUCUUCCAAAAGAACUUUAUCGAGGAAAUUUCUCGCCUACCUGAACGCAAAAAGAUAAAACCAAUGCCUUCGAUACGUUCUCUGUCUAGCCGCAUAUCUCCUAUCGCCGUGACAGGCACACCAUUCUUCCUUCCUCCUCUGUCUAUCAGCAAUUCAUUCCGUAAUCCGUCACAUUACGGGAUGUCUCCAUUGACCGCUGAACCGUCAUCUCCAAGUUCAUUAUCAUCAUCGCCUAGUCCAUCGAUAAUUACAAGAGUAGCUAAUGCGACAUUUAAUCAUUCUUUGAAACACUCGAAUACUGUUCAUGGUACCGGGAGCAUUACGAAAAGAAGAGUUAGCGGUAGUUCCGAGGGAAGCAAUGAUCCACCGCUUAGCCCUAACGGGGAUACAAUAACUGAGAUGCCUGUUAUUGAGAGGAGGCCGACCAUGAUUAAAGAGAGGAAGGGAUCGUUGUUGGGUGAGAGACGAGUGAGUCUCAAGUGGCGGCCGUUUAAUCGAGGUAGAAGUACUACGCAGUAA